AUGCCACAGCUCUGUUUGGUUUAUUCGAAAGACAUCGAGACUGGGGGUUUUGGGUUGAUUAGAUUGCUUAAGGGUUGCGUCUUUCAGAUCGUCAAGUCCCUAACGAUAAAUGGUAGUCUUAUCAGCAUUAAACAUACUGGCAUAUUCAAGGGACUAGAAGAGUGGGUGUUUCUAGAGAAGAUGUCCAGAUGGUGUGUGAUUGUGUACGAAAAGUGUCUCGUUUCUGUGGAGUCUAGUUGGAUCAAGUCCCGUAGGUUGAUUUAG